CUGCUGGCCAAGGAGGGCUCCGUCGCCGAGCAGGGACGCACACAACCAGGCAGCGAGGAACCACCGGACCUGGAGGAGGAGGUGGAGGAGGGAGAGCGAAGGCAGCGAGGGAAGGAGGACCCCGGCAGGCGACAGCAUGAAAUUCAGUCCAGCCCACUAUUUGCUGCCUCUCCUGCCCGCUCUGGUAUUCAGCACCAGACAGAACUAUAAAGAUCUAGAAAAGAAGCUAAAAGAAAUCGCUAAGGAGAGAAGCAGCAUUCUCCAUGAGAUGGCAAAGACUUCAAGAGACCUUGUGGGAAUUAAAAGCAACCUUCAGUCUCUCAGAAAUGAAGAAAAAUAUUCCAUAAUUAAUGUUCACAGACUUCUGGAAAUAGGUAAUAAACAAAGAGAACAGUUGAAGUCUCUUCAUGAAACCCUGCAAGUGCAACUUAAAGACGCAAAUGAGAAAGUAGAAAAACAACAAACUACUAUUACUUUUUUAAAGACUGAAUUGGAAAGAAAGAGCAAAAUGAUAAGAGAUCUCCAGAAUGAGAAUAAAAGCCUGAAAAAUAAACUCUUAUCAGGAAACAAGCUGUGUGGUAUCCGUGCAGAAGAGGCAAGAAAAAUUCAAGCCCAGCUAAAGGAGAUUCAUUAUGGAAAGAAGGAUUUAUUAGCAAAGGCCCACAGGCUUAAAGAAUUGGAACAAAAAUUAAUUAUGGCCAAAAAGCAACUAAAUAAAGCAGCUCUUGACAAGGAUUCACAGAUAAAGGCAAUGAAAGAGACUAUUCGACUUUGUCUAUCAACUGUUUUUCAAAAUCCACAGGAAACUAUUACUAUACCCCAAGCAAGUCCUUCUAUGGUACCAUUUUCACAGGCACCCAUUGCUUCUUUGAAAUUAGAGGAGAAGAUAAAUAACAAGUCUCAGCAUGUUUUGGCUGAAAAGAGGGACGACUUGCAAGAAAAGACAUCCAGUGGAGAAAAUCUAAAUGUUACUGCCUGUGAUCCUAAUGAGGGCAGGAACUGCUUAGCGAAUAAAGAUUCUAUACUAAGGAAUGAUUCUCUGCAAAACAACAUUACUAUGCAGAAAUUUGAAAUAGAACCAUGUACUGACUGUGAUGAAGAAAAAGAGCAGGAAAAACGAUUGGUCAGUUUUGAAGAGAGGACAAUCAGAGAAGAGAAAAUACUAUAAAAUCCAAGAUACUAAACUUAAAACAUCCAUUUGCUAUUGUCUUCAUACUCUUUCUAGACCACAGGCUCGAUGGAAAUACUAAGUUUUUAAAGCAUGCAACUUUUUCACAAUUUUAUGUAACUUUAUAAAGUAGUCUAUAAAUUUUCCAAAUAACUGGCCAAUUAUUAUAUUUAAGCAAUAACCUAAUUAAAUGGAUAUGCACAGUCAUAAGAAGUCAUUGUCAUCAGUGAAUUGCCUAGUAUAAUAAAUUGGUCUAUUUUGAACUCAAAGGAACUAAAUACUUAAUUCUGUUGGCUAAUUUGGAGAUAUGGUACUUUUCUGAUCUCUUUUUUUAGAAAUAAGUUGAUAAAGUGUUGAGUCAGCAACUUUAGCAACCCAAUUACAAGCAUAUCAUAAAGGUUUUUGCCUGCAGUUAUUCAAGUUAAUGAGUAACUUUCUUCAAAGUUGGCAUCUGUACUGUCCUGCAUUUAUUGUUUGAGGUACUUAUUGCUAAAUGUAUAAUUAUUGUUAACCAUGCCUAAAUAAUGUCAAUGCAAUUCUGUCAGGGAUUUAGUAAUUUAACAUUUUAUUUAAUAUGUUUAUUAUGAUGCUAAUAAAGCAUCUAGAAACCUUCAAAAUUCCUGAAACUAAAUGACUAGAAUUCUUGGCAUUAUAGACACAUACCUUCUGUUCUAUGAAUUAUUUCAAGGUAGGAAUAAUAUUGUCUGAAAUGAUUUAUAUGACUUUUAGAAUAAAAUAAGGUGAUAAAAUGUGUGAUGAGUAAAUACCAAUACGUAAGCAAGUAAUAAACAUUUUGAAAUGGGGUUUUGAUAAAAAUAAAACAGCCAUUUAAAUCAAUGA